AUGGUGGGAAGUUUGAAUGAAGAAGAAAUCAAGUGGCCAGCAUGGUUGCAACCACUUCUCCAAACAAGAUUCUUUGUUCAAUGCAAAGUGCAUGCAAAUUCCAAUAAAAGUGAAUGCAAUAUGUAUUGCUUGGAUUGUAUGAAUGGAGCUAUUUGUUCAACUUGUCUAGCUUCUCAUAAAGAACACAAAGUUAUUCAGAUAAGAAGGUCUUCAUACCAUGAUGUGAUAAGAGUAUCUGAAAUACAAAAAAUAGUGGACAUAACCGGAGUUCAAACAUACGUUAUAAAUAGUGCAAAGAUUGUGUUCUUGAAUGAAAGACCUCAACCUAGGCAUGGGAAAGGAGUCACCAAUACUUGUCAAGUUUGUGAAAGAACUCUUCUUGAUUCAUUCACCUUCUGCUCCCUUGGUUGUAAGAUAAUUGGAACCUCCAAGAAAGUUCAAAAGCAAAAAAAGUUGAGUGAAGAAGAUGGUUCAUAUGAUGAAGAAUCAAAUAGUGACAGAAACAAAAACAAAAUUCAGAGCUUUACACCUUCAACACCACCACCUUACAGAAUAGCUAAGAGAAGGAAAGGGAUUCCUCGUAGAGCUCCAUUGGGUGGAAGUCUUAUAGAAUACUUAUACUAA